CAGCUACCACCUGUCAAGUGUAACAUACAUGCAAAAUGUCUCGAAGAUAUGAUUCCAGAACUACUAUAUUUUCUCCAGAAGGUCGCUUAUAUCAAGUUGAAUAUGCUAUGGAAGCAAUUGGCCAUGCAGGCACUUGUCUGGGAAUUUUAGCAAAUGAUGGUGUGUUGUUAGCAGCAGAACGGCGCAAUAUCCACAAGCUUCUAGAUGAAGUCUUUUUUUCAGAGAAGAUAUAUAAACUUAAUGAGUCUGAAUCGUGGAGCCAAAGGAGUGCUUUUAAAAAUAUAUUUUUCAUCUUGCUUUUUAAUAUUAGGUAUCUAUUGCAGUAUCAAGAACCAAUUCCUUGUGAGCAGUUGGUAACGGCACUGUGUGAUAUCAAGCAAGCUUAUACACAGUUUGGAGGAAAACGUCCUUUUGGUGUUUCAUUGCUGUACAUUGGCUGGGAUAAGCAUUACGGAUUUCAGCUGUAUCAGAGUGAUCCUAGUGGAAAUUAUGGAGGAUGGAAAGCUACAUGUAUUGGGAAUAAUAGUGCUGCAGCUGUGUCAAUGUUAAAACAAGACUAUAAAGAAGGUGAAAUGACUUUGAAAUCAGCACUUGCUUUAGCUGUUAAAGUGCUAAACAAAACCAUGGAUGUUAGUAAACUCUCUGCAGAGAAAGUUGAAAUUGCAACAUUAACAAGAGAGAAUGGGAAGACAACAAUUAGAGUAUUAAAGCAAAAAGAGGUGGAACAGUUGAUAAAACAGCAUGAGGAGGAGGAAGCAAAAUCAGAGCGUGAAAAGAAGGAAAAAGAACAAAAAGAAAAAGAUAAAUAGCACAUGAAAUCAAGCAUUUUAUAGAGCACGUAGGUCCUGCUUCAAUGAAAAUUUUGGAUUUUCACUUUAUGGAAGCCUGCUAAACUGAUACAGUGGAAAAGCCAGAAAUAUUAUUUAUUGAGCUGGGCCCUCAGUCAUAUAAUUCAGUACUUGAUUUACCACUUCUUUCAUUGAAUUAUUAUUGCUUUAUUCUGGAAUUUCUUGUAUCUUUUGUUUUGUAUUACAGAAUAAAAUUUUAAAAGAAUGGUAA